AUGGUUGGUAACAACUAUAUCGAUUUAUUAAGAAAUCAUUAUGAAAAUCGAAAAGAGAUCAACAAAGAUAAAGAUAAAAUAGAAUGGGCUGGUAAUAUUACUGGUGGUGGUUGGAAGACAUUAGAAUCAAAGAAACAAAAAACAGAGUUAGUCGAACUAUUAGAAACUAUGAAAGUAAUCAAGAGUACCGCUAAAACAGGUCAAUUAGAUGCAAUCAAACUACUCGUAGAAAGAGACUUUAUUAAACUUGACAAUGAAGAGAUGGUUCACAAUAUUAUUUUGAAAGCAACUAAACAUGGUUAUAUUGAUAUGCUUCACUACUUGGUCUCUGAAAAUGUUGAAAUACCAAGAGAUGUAAUAAAAUAUAUAGAUUUUGCUUCAUCAGGAGGAUUCUUGGAUAUUGUUCAGUUAUUACACGAGAAUGGAAAUCGCUGUUCAACGAAAGCUAUGGAUGGUGCAGCUGCAGGAGGUCACCUGCCGACUUUACGUUGGCUUCAUGAAAAUCGUACAGAAGGUUGUUCGAGUCAAGCAAUGAAUUUGGCGUCAUUGGGUAACUAUUUCGAUGUAAUCAAGUGGAUCCAUAAGAAUAGAAGUGAAAGAUGCGGAAAAAUUGCAAUGGAUAUGUCGGCAUACAAUGGUCAUAUGGAGACUCUCUUGUGGUUCCAUCAAAAUCGUACAGAAGGCUGCUCUAAGAUGGCUAUGGACCUAGCGGUUUACAACAAUCACUUUGAUAUCGUAAAAUGGCUACAUAAUAAUCGAACUGAAGGAUGUACAACCGAUGCACUUGAUAAUGCUGCAAUGAUUAGCUUGGAAAUGGUUAUUUGGCUGUACCAAAACAGGACUGAAGGGUUCAGUGAAAAAUUCAUUGAAAAUGCCACAGCCAAUAAUAAAGAUGAUAUCAUAGAGUGGUAUGAAAAUCUUCAAAAUAAACAACCGACUAAUUCUUAA